GUGAGAAUCGAAGCUUUGAUCAAGUACCGCAGGGAAAAGAUCCGGUCCCAGCGAGCAAACGUCAUCCGGGCCUGGAUGACAGAGGACGACAUGGUCCAGGCGAAAUUCUCCACGGCGAAGAUCAAUGGAGCAAUGAAAUACUGCACGGCUCACAAGCUGGUGAAGAGCUUUGGAUGCACGGUCAUGCGAUGCAAGUAUACAAAUGCUGAGAAAUACCUCGUUGAGGUGGAGGACAAGGUAGACGACGAAAGCUUCGAAUCCCUAAGGUUGCAAGAAGAAGUGCAGGCAGCGGCCGGGGAAUUGCCAGACGAUUUCCAGGGUUUCUCUUUGCAUUUGGCUCAGAGCAUGGGGCUGGACGAUGCUCCAGCCUCGAAAUCAGAUGAGCCGAAGGUGAAGCUCGAAAGCUUCCCUGCCAUCGAGUUAAGCAGAUUGGCGGAACGAGUGAAGAAAUUCAAAGAUCAUGCCUUGCAACGAAAGUCCAAGUACAACACGACAGCCGAACGGCUACGCCUGGAAGGCUCCAAAGGGCACGAGAACCUUUGUCUGCACUAUCAUGCAGUGGUCAUGUCGAUGGCACCCGCCUCUCAAUCCUAUACCACAAGCAUUUGCUUCAG